AUGGAUUCGAUAUCAAUGCUCAAAACUAGAUCUAUUCUCCGCGUCCGUGACGACUCUUCAACUACCACCAUGUCAAACUCAAUGGUUGAUCUUCUUAUUGCCUUGAUGAUCUUGGUAUUUAUCGGGCUUUGUUUAACAGGGGCCUUAUACAUUGUGCGCAAGCUUCGACGUAACAGAGCCGUUGCUCGUCAGCAAUUGCCUUUACAUAACGAGCAAACAAGAUCGAAUCACCGCCGAUUGACUAUUACGGCUACUCCCUAUGGUGGCCGCGGCUCCACCAUUCACGUCUAUGACGAAAAAUCAUCCAUGAUGGACUCCGACCGUGCACCACUCUCACCUGAAGACGUUCCUGAAAUUCGCAUCACUUUCCCCGAUGAGCAUGAUGAAUCUACUGGACACAAGAGAAGCGGUCGUGUCGUUGUUGUUCGUGUCGGAGAAACCGGUGUUGGCCUUGAGCCUUUGAAGGAUCAGGAUCAACUACCCGCUUACGAAAAGGAAACCGGAGGAACCAGAUUUCAAUCCAUCGAUAUGGAUCGCAUCGGUGGCUUGAAGGAGAAGGAGAGCUGGUCAUAA